AUGUCUAGAGACGCUGAAAUUCAAGAUAUGCAUCAGCAUGAAGAGUAUCCAUCCUUGACUGGUUCAUCAUCGUCCUCUGAUGAUGAUAGUGCCAGUACUGGAGGCGACUCUGGCUUUAGUAUGGGACAAGAUGAGGAAGAGCUCAAAAAGCAAGAAACUCCUGAAAUCACCGUGAUUGACAGCAGCAGCACCGCUACCAUGAGCUUCUUUUCAAGAUUUGCUGCUAUCCCCAUUAUCCAAGAUGGCUUUGUAGGAGCUCAAAACAUGGUGAAGCAGCAUGCUGUAGGUCAAAAAGCACUUGAUUAUGCUGAAACAAAACUACAAACCAUAAUAUCCACUGCUCAGCCUUACUAUGAAAACAACAAGGUCAUUGUUUGUGCUAAUCACAUUGGAAAUAAAUCCCUCGACUUGAUUGAAAGCAAGUUUCCAUUGAUCAUUAACGCCCCUACAGACAAGCUGCUGGUGGAGCCUAUCAAAGGACACAUGGCCCAAGCUGCACAUGUCGUGAACCCUCGCAUUGACUACAUUGCCAAUCAAUUUGAAACACUGAUGGAGCAGUAUUUUCCGGCUGAAGACGAGCAACAGCAUCAAGAAGAAGAAGAAAAGCAUGGCAUGGAACGUUUAAUGCAUGUUGUCAAUCGACUCUCUUCGAGAGCCUCUAGAAAGAUCUCCAAAAAGGCGUCUGCUACCAUGGAAGAAGAGCUACAAAUCAAGCAAAUGAUCCGCACGUGGGUUUUGGAGCAGGUUCGUGUCAUGACACAACAUCAGCAGCAGCAAUGGCCACAGCUGCAGGAACAAAUGGAGUCAUUCAAGGCCAAAUUCAAGCCAACCAUCCAAACCAUGUACGAUUUCACUCACUAUGAGUUUGACAAGUUUCGCCAAGAGUUGUUUAAGCCAAACACAAGUCAUUUGGACCGUAUUCGUAACAUUCUGAUCUUGUCUCAAACGGAUAUCUUGAUGCCACUCUACCAAAAAUCAUACUCUAUUUGGAAGAAUAACAAUAAUGUAGCAGCUGCUGCAAAUGAAUAA